AUGUCUCGAGAUAUGCUUAGCAAAUUCAACAAACUCUCUUUGAUGAGCGGAAAUGAGAGAACUCACGUUAACCAACAAUUACAUCGACAAUCUUCCAAGUAUCCCAAACAUAGUCCCAAUAUGCUUCAAGUUGUGUCGGAUAUGUCAAAUGGUGGAAAAAUAGAUUACUGCACCAACGAAAAAGGAAAUAUAUAUAUGAGUGUCAAAUAUGAUCGAAAUUCGAUAAUACAUUAUGCUUAUUCUCCUUUCUCUGCUUUACCGCCAGCGGAAAUGAAACACAUAUCUGAUGAUAUGCCUGAGAUCAUAACUGAUUUUCCUGUUCUGCAUGGAGUUGAUUGUCGUAAUGCUUCUCCUCCUUACUAA